GGAGAGACAUAGGGGGAGAGAUGUCUGUGAAUUGUGACAUUGUGAGUGUUUUAUUUGUCAAUAAUUAUGCACGAAGAAUGCAGAAAGAUUGACUUUUUCCGUGGAAAAAACUACGCACAACUGUCUUGAACGGCUAACUCCCACCACCAUCAAGAGACCUUUUUAUCGUCUACACAAGAAUCAAGAAUCAAAUAGUCAUGUUAAAAAACAUCAGCCGACGCGUAGUCUGAUUUUUCGGUUGCAACGGAGUCCAUAAAGAGAUGGCUGGAUAUCAGAAAUCACACCCUGAGUGUGUUAAUGCUGCGAAUCCCUAUCAUGAAUGCGGUACAGCUUGCCUUGAAAAGAUUGCUGAAGGCAAGGGACGUAAGGAUAAUCGAAAAAAGACAGAUGACCCUGGGGGUACUAUAGAAGGCAGCUUUACCAAAAAGAAGGAUGGAGGAAAAAAUGUUCAGCCAACUUGCAUCAAAGCAUCUAAUCCUUUCCAUGAAUGUGAUGAACUUUGCUUCAAAAAAACUGUUGAUGGAAAGUCUCAUUGGCAAGCAAAAGGCUCCAUCCUUAGCUUUGGCAGGAAAAAAAAGGGAUCCGAUUCUCAGCCAUUGACGCCAAGAAGUGGAUUUGAAUCUCAGCCAAUGACACCUAGGAAUGGAUUUGAAUCUCAGCCAUUGACACCAAGGAAUGGGUUUGAUUCUCAGCCAAAGACUCCAAGGAAUGGAACUGAUUCUUGUUCAAUAAAGCCUCCAGCACUUGAGAAAGUCCCUGCGAAAAAUGCAGCUAACCCUGAUUUUUCCUCACCCCGUUCCCAUUUUUCUUUCCAAUGGAAGAAUGAUGAAUCUUAUUCCUCUACCGACCAUGAAAUCUAUUCUAGAGAUCAAUCUUUAGACAAAGCGAAGGUUCAAUCUUCUCUGUCAGUGCCUGCAUCUGGGACUAUCACGCCUGAUCAUCCUAAAGAGGCUACAAGGGAUGGUAACACUUUUGUUGCAACUGCAAUACCAACUGCAACAGAGAUGGAUAAAAAGCUUGGCUCAUCUGAGACAGUUUAUUCUUCUAUCUGCGAGGAUGCGAGAGAAUUUACCUCUGAUCCAGUUGUCCAAUCCUCAAAAUCACUUGAUCAUUCAGACCCUCCGAAGGGUGGUGCCACCUUCCUUGCUACUACAACACCAACCACACAGGAAAAGGAUGCUAAGGACAUGAGAGAUCACACUUCUAAUCAGAAUGCCAGGUCUAUGAAAUUUACCUUUUCUGGUAUUUCUCGUGCUUCAGAGGACAGUGAUGAGGAAGAAGUUCAACCUGAAAUUUCGCAUGUUCUGGUGGGAAAAUAUCAUGUUAAAGCAAGUGUUGCCUCCAUUCUCCGGUCCAUCUUUGACAAGCAUGGAGAUAUAGCUGCAAACUGUCACUUGGAGUCUGCUGCCAUGCGAGCUUAUUAUUUGGAGUCUGUUUGCUCUGUAGUCCAAGAGUUGCGAUUUGCUUCAUAUACACAGAUUCCGAAAUCCAAAGUAAAAGGAAUGUUGGCUGUUCUUAAAGAUGUAGAGUCCGCAAAAAUUGAUGUUAGCUGGCUGCAUCGUUUGCUCAAUGAAAUCGUGGAGGCCAAGGAGCUUGUGAAUGAACAUCAAGCAGUCGAGGCAGCAAAAGCUAACUGUGAUUGUACUCUAGAGUCAACGAGGAAAGAACUCGAGUCCCUGAUGGAAGACAUUGCUCGAAAGGAAAAGGAGCUUGCUGAAGCCCAGGCGCGAGUGGCUGAAACCAAAGCUCGCUUGGGUGAACUUGAGGUUGAAUCUUCCCAACUCAGCCAGACCAUGUCGUCCCUUCAUUCGAAAAUCGAAAAAUUUCGUGGCAAGUCCUUGGAAGAUCAGCUCCUCUGAAUGGUUGCCAGUCGUUCUUUUUCGUUCCUUAAUACUGAUAUAGAUACAUAAUAGAAUGCGAGUUACUUAGUUGAUAUAAGUAUCUGUAGAGUAGUAUCCAUCUGGGUUUGUGUACAUUAGCACACUUAGUCUGUGUAUCCUUCUUUUUCAAUUUUAUUUGUGCGACAUUUCAAAAGAGGUUGAGCCAAAACAAAGCUUGUCCUUGUUCUGUGGUUGUAAUAUUAGUAAUUUAGUUUGCAUUUCCAUGUAUUGAGUUGUAGUUUGUCCUUCUUUCAUGAGAUAUUCAGAGGAUUAAUAAGGAGUUGAGUAAUAAAAUGGUGGUUUCUUUUCCUUUAA